ACCCUUCUCGUCCGCUCCCCUUCUUCUCCUUCUCCCCCCAUCUUUCCACGAACUGCUGUGUUUCUAGACCGCCGACUCCGCUUGCAUUGCCCUCGCUCCUUCUCACACACAUUUCUGCAUCUCCCCACAGCGUCCUCGAACAUCACAGCAAGAUGGCGUCGCCACAGAAGAUCCGGACGGAGAUCACUGAUCUCUUCAACAUUAAGCACCCGAUAAUGCUCGCUGGUAUGAACCAGGCCGCCGGGCCCAAGCUCGCCGCUGCCGUCACCAACGCCGGUGGUCUUGGUGUCAUUGGAGGCAUGUCCUACAGCCCCGAGAUGCUCAAGGAGCAGAUCGCGGAGCUCAAGUCAUACCUCCACGACAAGAAUGCCCCCUUCGGCAUUGACUUGCUGCUACCCCAAGUUGGUGGCAAUGCCAGAAAGACCAACUACGACUACACGAAGGGCAAGCUCGACCAGCUCGUCGACAUCAUCAUCGAGUCCGGCGCCAAGCUCUUCGUCUCCGCCGUCGGUGUGCCGCCCAAGGCUGUCGUCGAAAAGCUCCACAAGCACGGCAUCUUCUACAUGAACAUGGUUGGACACCCCAAGCAUGUCCAGAAGGCUAUUGACAUUGGCGCCGAUCUCAUCUGCGCUCAGGGAGGCGAGGGUGGUGGUCACACCGGAGACGUUCCUACCACCGUCCUCAUCCCUGCUUGCGUCCAGAUUGCCAAGGGCCAAAAGAGUCCCCUCACUGGCAAGCAGAUCCCCAUCAUCGCUGCUGGCGGUAUCGCCAAUGGCAACCUCCUCGCCGCCUCGCUCAUGAUGGGUGCCGAGGCGGUCUGGGUCGGCACUCGUUUCAUCCUCGUCGAGGAGGCCGGCGCCCCCGAGGGCCACAAGGAGUCUGUCCGUACUGCUAGCUUUGACGACACCAUCCGCACCCUCAUCUUCACCGGUAGACCGCUCAGAGUCCGCAGAAACCCUUACAUUGUCAACUGGGAGGAGAACCGGCAAGCUGAGCUCAAGGAACUGACCGCCAAGGGCACGCUACCUUACGAGGCUGAUCUCGAGAAGGUCAUGUCUGGCGACAUUGCCGGCACUGGCGUCGAGCUCAAGGAGGGCGAAGAUGUUGACGAUGUCAUGGACUCUUUCCGGCCCUACCUCAUGGGCAAGGUCGCCGCCCUUGUCAACGAGAACAAGACUGCCAAGGCUGUCGUUGAUGAGUUCGUGGAGGAUGCCUACGCAGCCCUUACCAAGGGAUCCAAGGCUAUUGCCAAGUUGUAAGCGUGUCAGAUGAAGUCGACGUGGUUGUGAACGUGAUCACGGCGCUGUGCCCAACCGUGAAGAAGAACAAGGAAAAGAAGAAACUACGGCUGUGGGCGAUACCCUCCAGAAAUUGCUGCAGCUUGCAAGCGACCGAUACAUUUUGUAUACCAUCUGAAUUAGUAUAAAUGGAAAUCAUGUUGAUAAUAGCUGGGACAAAAUGU